UUGAAUAGUUAUUAUUAUUAUACUAUAAUCAUGUUACAUUUAUUUAACGCUACGUGAUUUUUUUUGAUUUUUCGGUAUGAAAGAAAAACAGACAUUGAUUAAACAAAACCCAAUAAUAAAAGUAGUAAUUUUGGGCGAUAGUAAUGUUGGAAAAUCAUGUCUAAUGAAUAGAUUUGUAAGUAACAGUUUUAGUGACCAUACUCUUCAUACGUUAGGAGUAGAAUUUCUACAGAAAGACCUUGAUGUCAAUGGAGUACUAUAUACUUUGCAGAUAUGGGACACAGCUGGCCAAGAAAGAUUUCGAACAUUACGAACACCUUUCUAUAGAGGCACUGAUAUCUGUUUGCUAACAUUUGCUGUGGAUGAUAUACAGAGUUUUAGAAAUGUAGAUUCUUGGAAAAAAGAAUUUAUAAAAUAUUCACGUACAACUGAUGUAAAUUUUCCAUUUCUUGUUGUUGCAACCAAAGUAGAUUUAGAAAAACGAGUAGUCUCUAAAGACGAAGCUAAUAAAUGGUGUACAGAAUAUCUAAGUGCUCCUUAUGUUGAAACUAGUUCCAAAACAGACAUGAAUAUUGAGACUGCGUUUACUUUGGCAGUUGAAGUUUGGGCUUCAAUGGAAAGACCAUCUGAAUUUAAAAUAUCACAUCACAAUUUAGUUAAAUUAUCUAGGCCUAUUAAUGGUAGUGCAUCUUGUCCUACAGCUGAGACAGUAUCACCAAAAUGUUGUUAAAAGCAUAUUUUGAAAUUAUAAGCUUAUUAUGGCAAAAAUUUUAGCAAUAUUACAUUAAGUCUAGGGCAAUAUUUUAUUACUAAAGCAAUACAAAUAAGCAUUAAAUAACAUACUAUUUAAAAGAUUAAAUUAUUAGAUAUUAAAUAUAGAUA